AUGCCGAGGCUCAACACGAAUGACGACGGUAGGACGUUCACACCACCAUCUGCCGAAGAGACGAUUAGCCAUCCUGCUUUUGCUUCGGUGAUCUGGGCUCUGGAGCCUCAUCAGCAAGGCACGGUUGAGGUUGCCAAAGGGCGAGGCGGUCCUGUGAAGAUUGCUUGGGAGAUUCAUGGAGAUGGACCAACUAAAGUUUUGUUCAUCAUGGGCUUGGCCGGUAUAAAGACGUCGUGGCAGCGCCAGACGAAAUACUUUGGCCACGACCGCUCAAAUGAGUAUUCCGUCCUCAUCCUGGACAACCGAGGCAUGGGCGACAGCGACAAGCCCAUUGCGCGCUACACCACCAGCGGCAUGGCCGCCGACAUCGUCGAGGUGCUCGACCACGUUGGCUGGACCGCCGAGCGCGAUUUCCAUCUCGUCGGUCUUUCCCUUGGUGGCAUGAUCGCCCAGGAGGUCGCCUAUGCGAUUCCCACCCGCCUGCGCUCCCUGACCUUGAUGGGCACCACGGCGCAGUUCGAGAGCGGGCCGGCAAAGUCCUGGUCCGACGCCAUGUGGCAGCGCCUGAGCUUCGUGAUCCCCAAGUCGGAGGACCAGAGCAUCUUUGACACUGGCCGGAAACUCUUCCCCGAGGAAUGGCUCGCCGCCCCGGACGAUGCCGCGUCGCUGCCCUCGCCAAAGACGACGUCUCGGUGCGGCCCUGCGCCUGGCACGCCUGAUGGAGAGUACCGCACCUUUGACAACAAUUUCCAGCGGUUUCAGGCGCAGGAGCUCUUCAAGAAGCGUCACGCAAGCUGGUUCACGCAGCAGGGCUUCCUAUGCCAGCUGAUUGCGGCAGCAGGGCACCGCAAAACGCCGCAGCAACUGAAAACGAUGGCGGAUCGCGUGGGGAGGGAGCGCAUCCUGGUCAUGCAUGGGACGGUAGAUAAUAUGAUUACAGUGCCGAAUGGAGAGAAGCUGAUCAAGCACAUUGAGCCAGGCAUGGGGCUGAUAGUUGAAGGAAUGGGACAUGCACCAAUUAUGGAUAGAGCAGAGUGGCUCAACGCCCUGUUGGAGGAGAGAUUUACGGCUUGGGGGAAACUGUGA